GUACUAGGUACACUAUAUUCUAUUUUCUCCAGGCGACGUAUUACUUACCAAAUUCCUGCCAGACUCAUCACGACCUCAAUCAGUCUGGUUUCGACCCAAGGCAACCCACGCUUUGACAACUCGUCAUUGCAAUCUCUUGAGUCGGCAUUCGGUAUUACGGGCUGACCUCAUCGUCAGUAGAGAUGCCGGAAGACAAUGCAGUCCCUCCGGGGGACGCUCGUGAAGAGCAAGGUUCAAUGAUUUACAAGAUUGUCCAGGGUCUAGCUUUAUGGUUCGGUAUGCAAAUGUUGAUGAAGCAAUUCACAGGCGGCAACAAUGCGCAGACGGCCACGACCCAGGAUGCUUCUGGAAAUGUUGUUCAGGUUCCUGCAAAUACUGGCGACAUACCUGCCUACCAACUUCGUCCCAGCAGCCUCGACGAGGGUGCCGUGUGGAACCCAAUUCCACAGCGACUAGCUCCCAUGUGGCCCACCGAUAGCUCCCUCGAUAUUGUCGUUACACUCUCGUCAUCCUUCGUCCCCGUCAAGAUUUCUAGCGUGCCGGAGGAGUAUGUGGCUCUCAACGAGAAGAGUUUCAAAUUGGGCAACUCGACUGAUACUCGAGUUGCUGAGACAACCUUCAGCGUGCCAUCAUCUGUCCAAAAGAAUGGGACACUAUGGGGGCAUUUUUAUGUCGGAUUGACAGGCUCGAACCUUGACCCUAAGGAGCCAGGAUAUGAUCCCGCAUCCGCCUUCCACUUCGUGUAUCCCCUAACUCAGUAUAUCCCUAAGAAAAAGGAAGCGAAAACCCGCAACCUCUUAGAAGAUAGGCCAGAAGUGGAAGAGGAAGAGCUCGAAGACGACAAUACUGGUCCGAUCAUCGCAAAUUAUUAUCACCCCAACACCAGCUUGGCUUUUGUUCCUGACACCGGUAUCGUCAACUACCCCCAAUCGCAUCCGGCUAUUCGACAGUUUAUUCAUCCAGAGUCCACGGGUGCUCGCGAUGGCUCCGGUCAAAACUCUUGGUAUUAUCCGGUCUUGUACGUCAAUACGUUCUGGCAGAUGAAGAGUCAUAUGACCUUGCUUAAUGAAACGGUCAAGACCCUCCCGCUACGCCUUGAUUUAAGCAACAUGAAGAAUUGGAAAUUCAACAUACUAGCCUCCGUUGACUUCAACUCUAAGCAACAGGCUCUCCAAGCCGCUUAUGGCGGCCCCAUCCCAGGUGGUGGUGAUGGAAGUGAGAUUGAGAUGGUUAAGGAGAUGUUCCUGGAUACGAAUCCCUACCUCCUCGGCGUGACAGCCGCUGUGAGUGUUGCGCAUAUGCUUCUCGAGAUGCUCGCGUUCGGAUCCGACAUCGCCCAUUACCGCAAAAAGAAGGAUAAUGUUGGCAUUUCGGUCCGUUCGAUCUUGGCCAAUGUCUUCAUGCAAACCGUCAUCUUCCUCUACCUGAUCGACAACUCCCAGAACACGAGUUGGAUGAUUCUUGGUUCUCAAGGUAUCGGCAUCCUCAUCGAGUUCUGGAAGAUCACCACCAUUGUCAAUGUCAGGCUGCGACCAGCACCGCCGGGAUCUUUCAUACCGUAUCGGAUAGCGUUUGAAGAUAAGUAUCAACUCAGCGAGACCGAGGAAAAGACCAAAGAAUACGACGAAAUUGCGUUCAAAUACAUGUACUUCGCUGGUGUGCCUCUGGUCAUUGCAUAUGCCGUCUGGUCUCUUCUCUACGAAUCGCACAAGUCGUGGUACUCGUAUAUACUCACUACCCUCGUAGGAUCGGUCUAUGCCUACGGCUUCUUGAUGAUGGUGCCUUCACUUUACAUCAACUACCGCCUCAAGAGUGUGGCCCAUAUGCCGGGAAAGGCCAUGAUUUACAAGUUCUUAAACACCUUCAUCGACGACCUUUUCGCGUUCACCAUUAAAAUGCCGUUGUUAUAUCGUUUGGCUACAUUCCGAGACGAUAUUAUCUUUUUCAUCUAUCUGUACCAGCGUUGGGCGUACAGAAUUGACUACACUCGUGUCAAUGAGUUUGGACAAGGCGGUGACGACGAGCCUGAAGAGACCAAAGCAGAGCCCAAGCCUUUACUGGAUGCUGAAUCCGUCACGGAGAAGGUUGAAGGGGCCGCAAAGUCUAGUGGCGCUGACACGGGUGCUGCGAAAAAGAGAAAGUAGAUAAGAGAUUAAUGAGAGAUGGUGGCAUGGAUGUACCUACACUCAGGUCCUCACACCUUUUCAGGUUAUGUACCUAGGCAUGACUAGUUAACACAGAGAUGUCUACGGCAUCAAUAUAGCCUUUUCCGUAUUAAUCUAUUCCGAGUUAACCGUGUUAUAUAAAGAUUUGUAUGGGCUGAGAGACAGCUUAAGGUCGCAUCGUCUCCAAUCACCGGCGGUCUGGAACCGAGGUGAACCACUUACCC